AUAAUAUUAAUAAUAGUUUAUUAUAUCAUAAAUAAUAAUAUAAUAUAAUACAAGUAAUGUAAUAUUACGUUUAUUAAUAAUUAUUAUUUUAUUUUUACGUUCUAUUUGGUUACCACAGUAAAGUUUACCUCCGGUUUCAUAUUUAUCUUGGGGUUUGUAUGUGACGUUUUUAACGCGUAUAAUGAUACUAUAAUAAUGUUUUAAUAUUCAACAACUAUAAUAACAAAGUCGACGAUGGUUUUCUGUUGAUUUGAAUUGAUCAUUGUUGACGGUUGUUGCGUUUCUAUGGCCAAACAUUACUUCUUAUCGUUCCUGCCGAUGUCCAGAUCAAAUGUUACGAGUGACCUCGUCCAUCAAAUAUUGUAAUAUUGCGGUGUUUACAAAAUUCAAGUGGUGACUGCAACUCUGACCGUCUGCCAUCGUCUAUACAUUUUAGUUUUGAUAUCAUCUUAAUUGAGUUCAGUUCGCCGAAAAAAUGGCACGUAUAGCUGACUCUAUACCAUUAUUCACCAAUACGAGUACACUGGCAGAUUGUAUUGCCUAUCCAAGAUUUGAAAAUUAUGGGUGGCAGACUUUAUACAAAAAUUAUAUGUCAAAUGUUAUGAAAGUAAUCAAUUUACAUAGUGAUAUAAGCCGUUUGUAUUUGCUUAUCAAACUUGAUGUAACAAUUAAUAACCUAAAUGAUGCUCUUUUUACAAUACAAAUGGAAGAAAAAUUAAUCCACUCUCCUGACUCUAUACAAUUGACUAACAAUUUAAAAGAUAUUAUACCAGAUGCCGACCCCAUUUACUUGGAUCUAGUUGGAGAAUAUUAUGCCUACGAUGAUAAUAAACUAUAUGAAUUCAUUGGUCAAAUUACUACUAAUAAAAAAAACUAUCCUAAACUUCAAGAGUACAAUGAUCGUGUUAAUCAUUUGGCUAUUGUAAAGAGUUUAAGAAACGAUUUCUCAGUUCAAGAGUUUUUAAAGAUGUGCCCUGAUCCAGUUAAUUACUUCAAAAAUAUUAAAUUUAAUGCAAUUAAUAUGCAUUAUAAUGAAUCAAUGUCUUAUUUAAGUGACAGGUAUAGUCUUAUUUCAUUGGCCAAGCUACGUGCUGAAUUGCUUAAAUACAGUUUCAAUUUAUCGAAAACUGUUGAAUCUUUAGCAGCUGAUCCUAAACCUGUUUAUUUAAAAAAUAAAAGAAAAUCUUAUGGUCAUCGUUAUCAAAUCAAUUAUAAGACAACAGAAAAUAUUGAAUUUCUAAAAGAAAUAGCAUACCUUGAUCAUAAAGAUGAAAUUCUGAAUCAUAUCGAGUCUGUAAAAACAGUACAUAGGAUUCAAGUUGAACAAGCUAAGUCUAUUGGUAAUCUAAACACUUGUGAAUGCUGUUUUGAUAAUGAACUAUUAAGUACUGAAGUGUUUUCUUGUCCAGUUGGACAUACAUUUUGUUCAUCUUGUAUAAAAAAAGGUACAGAAGUUGCAGUUGGUGGAAGUAAGGUGGAUAUUAAAUGCUUUGCUAAUUGUGGCGAAGAAUUUAAUUUAACAAUGAUAAAAAGUAUUAUUGAUGACAAACUGUAUCAACGUAUAAUGAGAUUGAAGCAAGCACAAGAAAUUAAAGCAGCCGACAUUGAAGGACUUGAAACAUGUGCAUUUUGUGAUUAUUCUGUUAUUUUAUCCCCUGAUCUCAAGAUUAUUAACUGCUUGAAUCCUGAAUGCAAAAAAGAAACUUGCAGGAAAUGUCGAGAAGAAAGUCAUUUUCCAUACAGAUGUGAUCAAAUAGAAAAAGCUCCAGAAGUACAAGUCAGAACCAUGAUUGAAAACAAAAUGACUGAAGUACUUAUAAGAAUUUGUUAUUAUUGUAAACGUAAGUUUGUCAAAGAAGACGGAUGCAACAAAAUGACUUGCAGUUGUGGUAAACAAAUGUGCUACAUAUGUAGGCAGCCAGUUGAUUCUAAUUAUGCUCAUUUUUACCACCAAAAAGUGAUGGAAAAUAAGUGCCCAUUAUACACAGAUGAAAAUAUUGUACAUACUACUGCUGUAGAAGCAGCUGCUAGAUUGAUAAUAAAUGAACUGAAAUUGAAGAAACCUGAAUUGUUAAGGAAUAUUGAUAUUAACAAGAUUUUGCCGGCGUUAAAGAAAUCAAAUAAGCUUCCAGCUACUCAGGAAUCUGCUUUAGAUAUAAAUAAAGUAGUCGCUACAGUUAUUGGACAAAACGUAGAAGAUAUUAAUAAUCUCAAAGAUAUGAGAUCAUUGGAACCUCAAGUUAAAAAACCAAAAUAUUAAAUUGUGUUAGAUCAGCAGAUGUGUAAAUUGCAGAUAUGUUUAUAAAUUUUACUGAUUAUAAAGUACAAUUUUCAGACCAGUGUUCUUAAUUUUUAUUUUCAUACUACCAAGUUAAUUGUGUUAUUUAUUUUUUAAUUAAGUCAUAGCCAUUCCUUAUUAUAUAUAAUAUAG